AUGUCCAAUAGAAAAUAAAAAAAACCACUUAAGCAUUAAGAAAAGGAAAACUAAAAAGAAAAUAAUAGAGGAAAACCUUGUGAUAUUUAAAAUACAACCUUAAAUAUUCCUAAUAUCUGGACGAAUGAUUAGACUUGUUUGAGACUUCUAAAAUAUUUAUCAGACAUAGGAAGACACAAUUGUUUGCAUUAAGCAGGCAAACCAGGUAGUAAAGAUAAACCAGGUAAAAAAGUCAAGCUAGAAAGUGAGAAUAAAUACGACUUGAAUAAAUCAGAGAUCGAAAACACAAGAAAGUACUUUGAAAAGUCUGAAGAGUUCGCUGGUGAAUUAUUUGGCCAUAAGUGUGAGACAAAAAGAUGUAUAGUGUUCUUUUUCAGAUCAAAUGCAGAUUAUAAAAUCAAUAAUUAUGAUUUUAUAAAAACUAGUCCCUAGGAUUGUUAAGAUGUUCUAAUUAAGUUAUCAGCCUUAUUGACUCACAAAUUUCUUAUGGAUCUAGUCACUAUCUUAAAUUAAUCUAACAAUAUUCCAUACCUAAUUGAUACUUUUGUUACACAAUGGAUCACGCCUUCAUAAUAUUCUCCUAUAAUCUAAAAUUUAUUUAUAAAAUACAUGAUCGAUACUAUGAAGGAGAAAAAAUCGAUGGAAGACUUUGAGAAAAAAACCAGAGAAGACAUGGAAAAAAUCUUUUUUAACUUUCUCUAAUCACCUAUUUUCAAAGAAGAAUUAGAAAAAUUUAUCAGAGAAAUCAAACUCAUUUUUAAUAGAGAAAAUGAUCAAUAUUAACCAUAAGAUUUUGAAGAUUUUGAAGGUAAUCAAGGUAUUUUACAAGAAGAGUUGGGAGAAGAUUAAAGAUAAUCAGAAUUCGUUCCAUUUUUACUGGAAGAAUUUUGAAUAUUAUAUAUAGCAACUCUUUUCUAAAAUAUUAUUUAUUCUAUAUUAAAAUCUAAUUGGAUUAUAUAUGUUGGUUAUUUAUUCUAUAUA